AACAAAUCGUCUUUUCUGUGGCAAAUUACGAAUUGUUUUUUGUUGCGUUAUUAAACCUCUUGCAAUUGUGUAUAGGCAAAAGAUUAAAAUUAAACAGCUACGGUUGCAUUAAUGAAAACGGUACAUAAACGUACGUGAUAAAUUUGAUUAAAAUUAAAUGCUCAUGUGUGUGUGCGUGUGUGUGUGGAGCUAAACGCAAAAAGUGGAAAACGGAUGGAAUAGUUAAAUAAUUGAGCUAAACUGCAACUGCAAGCAUCAAAUGUGCGUCUAAUAAACUAAUUCAAUUGUUCAAAGUGCAGAAUAUUGAAUACCUCGGGGCAAAACAAAUUAAGUGCUCGCGGCGCAUUGUGUGAAAGUGUUAUGGAAAGAGGAUGUUCGCUUGUUAAUAGUGUUUGUGCAAGUGUCGAGCAAGCUCAGCGUAAGAGCAAACGACAGUCAAAGGCGAGCCAAGUGCACGGUGCGAAGCGAGAAAGCAAAAGCGGCAAUAUACUAACUAAAUCUAUGUCCAAGCUGAGGGAAGACGUGGAGGACUGUGUUUCUUCAAACUCACAACAUGGCUUUGCCGUUGUGCUCGAUGAUGAGUCCAGCACGGAAACAACCGGCGUUCUGGAAACAUAUGAGAUAAGCUCUUCCAACUCACUGCCGAAUAGCACACCAGCGGUUACUGCUGCCACUGCCGCUACCGUCAACAGUCUGGGCAUGGGCGUGGUCGUUGUGCCUGUGGACGAUAGCUCCUCCACGGAUACCAUCAAUGGCAAUGUGAGUGGCAAUGAGCGCACACAAAGCGUCGCCUCCGAAGGCAGCUCCGUGAAUAAUGUUUUCUUCGAUGAAAAUGAGAAUGAAAAUGAUAAUGAGCCGCCCGUUGUCUGCCUCAUCAACGAUGAAUAUGAUGAUGAUGAGGAGCUGGAACAGGUCGAGGAAGAAGAGGAGGAGGAAGAGGUUGAGGAGGAGGAAGACGACGACGACGACACGGAUUCUGUGGCACAGUCCAUGGCAUUAGAUUGUCCUAAUACAUCACAGCUAAAUACUGAUAGCGUCAUAAUGAAUGCCGAUGGAUCUAAAGUAUUCAUAGAAACGCCCGUUGUCGAUGAACCCCAAUCCCAAUCUCAUGUGCAUGUCAUUAGCACAGCAGCCAAUCAGCUGGAGCUGCCCGCGGGCGGCAAGCCAAAGCGUCUGAGCGAUGAAUUCGAUGCGGAAGCACGUGCCCAGGCUCAGGAGCAGCAACAGUCCAACAGAGUAGUUAAGUCUGAAGCAGCUUGCGAAGUAGUAGGCAAGGACACAAUUGUUGGUGUGGCAAGCAGCUCGUUGCACGACAGACAAAUGUCGGUGCGCCUGAAGCAAAUGAGCCUCACAGCCAAUGCUGCGGAGGCAGCCACUUCCAGCUCCAACGCCAGCUCCACCUCCACUGCUAAGCCCCUGAGCAAAGCCGAUAUUGAGUCCAUGGACUUGAUAGAGCGUCGAGAUUUCGAAACCGAGCAGCGCCUAACUGGCGGCAUUAUACUGGGCCACAGUUCGCUCAUCAACAAGAAUCGUUUAAAUCUUAAUUUGAUUAAUCGUCCAGCGGGCACAGCGGCGAGUGUGGGCGCAUCUGCAACUACUGCGGGUGGAGUUAGCAGCAGCAGUGAUGACUGGCCAAGCAGUAGCAGCAGCAAUAGUCGCGCCUUCAACUCGGACAGCAAGUGCACAUACAAAGAUUUAUCGACGACGCCUACAAGCAGCCGCAAGUUCACCAACAGUCGACUGAGCAAAUCCACUGCCAAACUUAAUUUAGGAGCCAGCUUGGCCAACAGCUCAAGCUCUAGCUCCAGCACAAGCUCAACGGCUCCCUGUCCACAGCACAGCAGCAACUGCAAUUCCAAUGCCAAUGCCAAGCAGUCCACGGUGAUUGUAGAACCCUCCACUUCCAGCGCGCACUCCAAGGCUUCGGGCUCAUCCACUGCUGCUGCUACUACCUCAUACAAUUCGGUGGCUUCGCAGACCAUUCAGGAGGAGGAGCAAGAGAAGGGCUGCAGUCGCACCAGCGUUGUGAGUGUGGCUACUGCCACUAGCGCUGCUGCAGAUGUGGACGCGCAGCCCUCCACCUCGUCCACUUCAACCACAUCCGCUCGUUGUCACUAUGCGGCGGCAGCAAUGGCCAAACCCAUCGUUGCACGCCAGGUCAAUGCUAGCGCACAAACUCAGGAACGUUUUCUUGCACGCAGUGGACUGGCCGCCGGCAAUGUUGUGCGCCCCAGGCGACGCGUGGAAGCAACGCGUAACCCCGAAACCAAUGCCAUUGUGCUGGAGGUUGUGGUCGAAGAUGGCAACAAUAACAAUGGAAAUGGCAAUAACAAUGGCAACAGCAAUGCCAAUGGCAAUGGCAAUAGCAAUGUAAACGGCAAUGCCAAUGGCGAUGCAGCUGUACUGGAUCCCAGCGAGUUCAAUGCUGAUGAUCCUUGGAACAAUUGUGAUGAGGAAAACAAUUGCUCGGAUGUGGAAGAGAUUUGCACUUGCCAGAAUAGCAUGCUGGGCAAUAGUCACUGCGGCAGCAAUGCCAGCAUUAACGAAGGCCAUGACAUGGACGCCACCGACAGUAGUUACCUGCCCAACGGCGAUGAAUCGCAUUCAUUGUCCACAGCCGCACUCGAUUGCUCCCAGUCGCAGCAGCAGCAGCAGCCGCUGCAGCGCAAGCGCAAAUACAACGAUGGACGCCUGUUGGACGGAGAUCAUGCCAUGGGCGCAGCAAGCAGCAUUGGGGGAAACGCUGCAGGUGGUCAACUGGGUGCUGGCGACAACAGUCGCAAGCGCAUUGCCUAUGAUUAUGCCUCAACGCCACGCUCCGCUCCAAGCUCCAACUUGAUGCUAUCAUUAACGCCUACAGGCGCUGGUAUGGGCAUGGGCUUGGGUGUGGCUGGCUCCUCGCCAGCUAUAGGCAGGCGCACGCCACGCGCCAGCGCCACGCCAGAGUUGCAGCAUUGGCUGCAGCAAUUCCAGCGCUGGAACCAUACGGAGCGCCUGGUGGCCGUCGAUCGGCUUAUCGAACACUGCGAUCCAUCGCAGGUGCGUCACAUGAUGAACGUCAUCGAGCCACAAUUCCAGCGUGACUUCAUCUCGCUGCUUCCACGUGAGACGGCACUCUUUGUGCUCUCCUAUCUGGAGCCCAAGGAUUUGCUGCGUGCCGCGCAAACCUGCCGCAGUUGGCGCUUCCUAUGCGACGACAACCUGCUGUGGAAGGAGAAAUGCCGCAAGGCACAAAUACUCACCGAAUCGUCGCGCAGCGAUCGGCCCCGACGUGGACGCGAUGGCAAUAUGCCGCCCAUCUCAUCGCCCUGGAAGGCGGCCUACAUGCGUCAGCACAUCAUAGAAAUGAACUGGCGUUCGCGUCCUGUGCGCCGGCCCAAGGUGCUCAAGGGCCACGAUGAUCAUGUCAUUACCUGUCUGCAGUUUAGCGGAAAUCGCAUUGUCUCGGGCUCCGAUGAUAAUACGCUCAAAGUGUGGUCCGCCGUAAAUGGCAAGUGCCUGCGUACCUUGGUGGGUCACACGGGUGGCGUUUGGUCCUCGCAGAUGUCUGGCAAUAUUAUAAUUUCGGGCAGCACAGAUCGCACGCUCAAGGUGUGGGACAUGGACAGCGGCGCCUGCGUGCAUACGCUGCAAGGACACACUUCGACGGUGCGCUGUAUGCAUCUGCAUGGCAACAAAGUGGUGAGUGGCUCCCGGGAUGCAACGCUGCGUGUGUGGGACAUUGAUCAGGGCUCGUGUCUGCAUGUCCUUGUGGGUCAUCUGGCUGCAGUGCGUUGUGUGCAAUACGACGGCAAGCUGAUCGUGUCUGGCGCCUAUGAUUAUAUGGUCAAGAUUUGGCAUCCAGAGCGCCAGGAGUGCCUACAUACACUACAAGGACACACAAAUCGCGUUUACUCAUUGCAGUUUGAUGGCGUGCAUGUGGUCUCUGGCUCGCUGGACACCUCGAUACGUGUUUGGGAUGUGGAAACAGGCAACUGCAAGCACACACUUAUGGGUCAUCAGAGCUUAACCUCGGGCAUGGAGCUGCGUCAGAAUAUACUGGUCUCUGGCAAUGCAGACUCCACGGUCAAGGUGUGGGACAUCACCACUGGACAGUGCCUGCAAACGCUAUCGGGUCCUAACAAGCAUCAGUCGGCUGUUACCUGCCUGCAGUUCAAUUCGCGUUUUGUGGUCACCAGCUCGGAUGACGGCACUGUCAAGUUGUGGGAUGUCAAGACGGGUGAAUUUAUACGCAAUCUGGUGGCAUUGGACUCCGGUGGCUCCGGCGGUGUGGUUUGGCGCAUACGGGCAAAUGACACCAAGUUGAUUUGUGCUGUGGGCUCGCGCAAUGGCACGGAGGAGACAAAGUUGAUGGUUUUAGAUUUCGAUGUGGAGGGUGCCUGUGUGAAGUGUUCAUAGGAGGACGAGUGUCAGCGCUUGCAAUUGCAUUUCUACGAUUUGCGAGCCACCGAAAGGGAACGUAGGCACUUUAUCCUUCAUGUCAGGGUGAACAGGGCGAUCAGAGAAAGAUGGAACAUUUAGCUAAGGAAUGCUCUCGCAGGCACCGAUGCAGACACAUGAUCAACACAUACACGCACACACACACAGACAUACACAUACACACACACACGCAUACAUACUCAUUAUACAGAUUGCCAAUAUAAACUGAGAUGACGCGUCUAUCGUUAUCGUUGCUUGCCUUGCCAACAAACGCAGCUCACACACACACACACACACUCACAUUUAACACACACAGAGACACUAAUGGGGUUGCUGGGUUAGUGAGUGUGCAAGUGUUAUGUUUUCCAUGUUAUAAUUUGUUUGAAUUGCGUUGCUUUUGUAGCCAAAAUUUGUUUUCCAACCGUAGCAUAAUUUUUUCAGCUCUUAUAGUUCUUAUUCAUUAUAUAUACUAAAAGGGAAUUAUACCGCAUUGAAAGUCGAGUUAGCUUUUUGCACAUUAUCGAAAUGUGUAUUAUACGUAUUAUGCAUAUACAUACAUACAUUUACAUUUACAUUACAUUACAUACUUACAUAACGUUACUGUUUCGCGUCAAAUUGAAUGGAAUGAUAAAACAGCUUUAUAUAUUGAUUAAAUUGUUUAAUUGCAUUGCAUUAAUGCUGAUAAUACGUUAAUUUUAUUUACAAAUUAGUUGUCGUUUCUGUGCUUCACCUGUGGUUUCGUACAAGUCUGUUCUUUUAUAUUCUUUAUAUUUUUUUUGUCUUUGUAAUUUUCAUGUAUUAAAUUUUGAUGUGUUUUUGUUAAUUCACGUUCAACUUGUAUUGUAUGUUGGUAUAUGCCUAAGAAAUUUAUAUCGAAAAGAUUACAACAAAUUGUAAAUGUUUUUUCGCUUCCGCACACUUGCAAUUCCGUUUAUGUUUAAAGUUAAGUAUUCCGUGGUACUCACUGAAGUAAAGUGGAGGGGGCAGCUCACAAACUCUCACACAAAACACACACAUACACACACACACACACACACAUAAUAAGCAUUAAGCGAACAUAUAUUUUAAUUAUAGACUGAUUUAUUAGUAAUUGAAAUUAAUCUACAAAUUUAAGCAUAAAUUUGAAAAUAAACGCAGGAAUAAUAGUUAAAGCCAGAGUUAAAUAAACAAAAAAUGCAUGUGCAUGUGAUGCCUUUUUGUUUGUUGAUUAUUGUAUUUUCCAAAAAACAAACAAAGAGAAAUCACUCUAUAGAUUACAAGGCAUCAAACGGGCCAAUAUAUGUAUAACAAAAUAUAUAUUCGAUAUUUGUACUCUCAAAAUGUAAUGCGCCAAGAGAAUGGGCAAAAUGUUGUGGGCCGUUGGAUGCAGCUGAAAACAUGCAUAUGUAUGUAUAUGUG